AUGAAGAUGUCCCCAAUAUCGAGACUAGCCAUAUUUUUCGCUGCUUUGGGUAUCACCUUAGCGAGCCCAGUACGCAGAGACCUCGCACCUGGCCCAGAAUUCGUGCGGCUUGACAAGAGUGAAGCUCUCGUAAUCGUCGCCGACUUGCAAGAGGGACUUUACAAAACUGUACGAGAUUACAAUACCAUCGAAUACCGCAACAACAUGAUCGCCCACGCAGCGAUCGCAAAGCUCUUCGACAUUCCCAUUGUUUUGACCACGAGCGCCGAGCACGGCCCUAAUGGCAUUCUGCCAAAAGAGAUCUCUGGGCUGUAUCCCGAUGCGCCACUCAUCCGUCGCAAUGGGGAAGUCGAUGCCUGGGAUAAUCCCGACUUUCGUAACGCGGUCAAAGCGCAGAACAAGACACAGGUCAUACUCGGCGGGAUCACUACAGACGUCUGCACGGAGUUUCUGGCUCUGUCUCUUCGCAGUGAGGGCUACACUGUCUUUGCUAAUACUGAGGCUUCCGGAACCUUCUCGGACAAGCUCGCCGCGGACGCAAAUCGGAGGAUGGAAGGUGGGGGCGUCAUCCUGCAAGGUGUCUUCGCCAUCGUGAUGGACUUGAUGCGGGAUUGGAGGAACACACCUGGUAGUGCGCAGGUCUUGCCAUGGUUAGACACGUACCUACCUUCGUAUGGCUAUGUCGCACGCACAGCUGAUUCCGAGUUUUUCUACAGCGCCCAUGAAGCUGCUGUCCUUAAUGGGACAUUAGCACCUGGCGAAGAAGGUCUGAAGAGGAAGUGA